AGCUGGUUUGACGUGCAAUGAUUUGGUCCCAAGUAAAAGUGGUGCCGCUCACCAUGUUGCUGACGAUAGUGUUAAUAUCUGCUACUUCACCUGUUGGAGAAAGUAACGUGGCUACUGCAACUCAGAUCAAACAGAUAACAGUACAAGAAGAACCAAAGGUAGAAAACGGUAAAAUAUUAGCGACGGAUGAUUCUGAUACUGUCGACACCAAUUUAACCUCUAGUACAGCUGAGCCGGAAUCUACUGUGGCAACCAAGGAAAAUGUCUUAGAUGAAAGCCCUAAUAGCCAAUUCCUGCGGGGUAACUGGGGCCGGAUCUUUGUGAGGGAGGUGCAGAACUGCUACGAGGCUACAAAUGAAAGCGUAAUUGUGAGCACUGUCUGUAACCAGACCGACCUGAGGCAGGUGUGGAGACUCAAUGACAGGAAACAGAUCGUCAACUUCCACUUCGGGCUGUGUCUGACCCCAGUGAACCUGGACGGGCGUGACCCAAAGCUGUUUCUGGACAAAUGUACUGAGAGUGAGGCCCAGAAGUGGGUAGCAUUAUCUCAGUCUCUCAACGAUUUUACAAUACAGAGCUCCUCUCUACAGCAGUGCUUAGAUGUAAACGGAUAUGCAGUGAGACGUACCGAGGCGGUUCAACUGGGGGUAUGUGAACCUCACUUCGACGAUUUUGGGAGAAUAUCCGACCAAUACCUGCAGUUUGAAGUUUCCUACACUCAGAUCCGUAUUAGUAUAACAGAUGCAGUUGUGAGUCAGGGGGAUGCUGCUAAACUGUCAUGUCAGCUACAAAACACACCCAAAGCACCAGAUUACGUAAUGUGGACUAAUGGAAGGGUUCAAAUAGAGGAGUUUACUUCCCGGGCUGGAUAUGGAAUAUCUACAGGAGUAUUCACGAACAACUCCAUGCUGUCCAUCCUAACAGUAGAUAGAGUGGACGGACCCGGGUCCUGGACCUGCAUGUUCAUUGUGGACAGGAACAACUUCUCGGCGGUUUCUGAGGUCGAUACACCCAGUGUUGUGUGUGAUGGGCUAGCAGGGGAGACCUCAAUGACUGCCUCUAUGAAGUGCUGUUAUACUGGAAAAUAUGAGCCUACUAAGAUAUUUUGGCAGCGACACGGAAAGACAGUUAAAGAGACCGCCAGAUCGUACCAAAUAACAGCCACAACGUUUGAUAACCGAACUCAGUGCAGCUCACUUCAUUUCCCGAAGACGUCCAGUAGACUCACAUUCAGUAUUACCUUCCAGACAAAGUUUAAAUCUAUCAGUCAGACGAUGAUAUCAGGGCCGAUAGUUGUUUUCUCCACGUCUCCUCCGUGGCGGUCUGCUGACAAAACUACCUUCCCAAGUUACCGGGUCAUUAAUGAUGUGGAGGAUCAGGAGAAUGUGGUGGACGUUAACAACACAAACAACGCUAUUGAAGAUUCGAUCAGAAAUGGAGCUGAUAGUCUGCAUGGAACAUAUCUGGUAGCAGCACUGUUCACCUUUCUCUUAUCUGUAGCCACCUGAAACAACUGAACAAGUCAGUCUGAAACUGAUUACCAAUCCACGCUUCAAGAGAUCAAACGUUGUGUUCAUACAACCUGUUCCUUCCGAGAAUGCGAUCCAAAGAUUGGGACUAGUUGGACAGGGUAACGUGGGGGAUAAUCCACGGGUCUGAGCCAAGCUUCCGCUUAUAUAUUUUGUUUCAAGCGUGACAGCACCCUGCAUCAGUAUAAAUUGUUCAGAAAAUUCAUUUGGAUGGUUUGAGGUCAAAAUCUAUUAGAAAUAUAUAGGACUCUUGAUAUUUAUCAAAUAAUUGUACACACGGCUGAAUAAUCUGAUUUUGUGUAGCUGAUCGCACUCACUAUAAAGGUGAUGACCAAUUGCCGUUAUCAUCGGUGCAAGUGAAUGUUAGCACUUUCAUUGGAGUCAUGAACCGCCAAUGACUCAUUCAAUGGAAGGUAAUCAAUGGGAACCUUCAGUCCUCUGCUAGCAUCUUUUGGUGAUUAUCGUGAAGUUGAAGUCGCAGAAGAUUUCAUUUUUGCCAUCGCCUGAAUUCUAGCUAAGCGCUUAAUCUAAUGUCGUUAUUUUUAUCUAGAUUGUGAACUAAUCUACGAUAUUUGUAUUUAUUUUGAAAGAUUCAUAGGAAUCGAUACUUUUAUGAGUAAUCGUGUCCAACGGUUAAAUAAAUACAAUUUUUAUAAUAUUUACUACUUAACAUGAAGCUACAUUCACCAGAAUCAACUGGUAGCUGGUAUUUAAUUGAACUUUUAAAAUGUUAGAAAUUUAAGAACGAGAAAAAAAUUCACGUUCCAGUUUAGUUGUUUGCGUGAAAAUUAUGAACAUACAAAUUGUAACCGAUAAAGAAAAAGUUUACAAACCAAA